AUGGAAGAUCAAAAGACCUCAGAAGUCGAUUAGGAAAGCAGAAGAAAUGUAGCCUCCAGAAACAUCUCGAAUAUUGAUUGGUUUAAAUCCAAGCAAACUGAGGACAACUCUAAGAAGGCAUUGUAAAGCUAUCUCACUAAGAUGAACGAGGAGUAUCAAAAUGAGCAAUAGGGGGAUAAAAUUAGAGAUGAUAUUUUGUUCAGAAAAACCAAGAUCAUCUGCACUCUUGGAAAGUAUACUAGAAACAUUGAAAUGAAGGAGUUAGUCGAGUGGAUCAGAACUGCAGAGAAGAUCACAAAGACAAGAGCGGGCAUUCUGAUUGAUCUGCAAGGCCCAGUAAUCAGGACAUGUGAGUUUAGAGGCUAGCCAUCUGUACACUUAAAAGCUGGUUAGGAGUAUUAAAUUCUGUGUAAGCGAAAGAUAAAUGGUGAUUCUACUUUUGCUACAGUUGACUUUAAAGGUCUAUCCUAGAAAUUGAAAGUGAAUGAUCACAUUAUUAUUGACUUUGGAGCAGUCAGCUUAAGAGUUGUUGGCUUUGAGGAUUAGGAUGAGUUCUUGGCAAGUAAAUAGCUUGAAGGUCUAGAUAUUAGAGGCUCUAGAGUAGUGAGGAGUAAUAAGUCUUCGCUCAGUUUCUAAGGCUAGAAGCUAGGACGACAUGAGCUAUUUAAAAAGAGUCAAAUCGAUCAAUCACCUCUGAUGCUAUUCAACCAAAGAGUUAUCAGUCCUUGUAGCUAUGAAAAUGUUAAGAUCAAUCUAGAGAGAGGCAGAGCCGACACACUUGAAAUGGAUUCAGAAGUUGAUAAUAUCAAGCUUGAUUCAGUUAAGGAAUAAGAUUUGCAAUCACCUGAAAGACAGUUGAAUUUCGGGACUUAGCUGGAGGUGGUUGAAGAGGAAAAGAUUCAAGAAAAAUUGCAGGAAAAAAAGAAAUUUAAAGUCAGAUUCGACGAUGUCUAUCAAGCCAGUCAUGCUGAGAAGUCAAGAGUUGAAAAAGAGUUCUUUUAAAAUGCACUGCAAAGCAAGACUAGGUUCCAAAAUAAAAUCAAUUAGCAUGCUGCUGCUUCCCAGAAGAUAGAAGAUGUAAAGGGUUUAAUACCUAGAGUUGAGGAGUCUCCGAAUAAACUGCGGUCUGAUGAGGACUCGCCCGAGCCAGUUAGAACUAGAGGCAUACACAAGAGCUAGACCUAUAAGCUACCAGGGAUGGAAGAUUAGCAUAUGAAUGAUAAUGAUAAUCUAGAUGUCAUUGAUGAGGAGUAAAAGAGGGAAUUUAAUCCAAAUGCUGUUGUUACUAUUGAAUCUCUAGAAAAUAAAGAAACUUAGGAAGCUGCUAAAUAAAACAGUAAUUCGAAGGAAUUGCCAACUUAGAAGUCUAUGGGUGCUUUUAAGACGGUAGGAUCUGCCCUAAAUAUGGCUUCACCCUAAGAAAAUGACCUACUUCCACCCAGAAAAGGCAGUCAAAGAGGCUCACAGUUGUCAAUCAGAAACAGGAAAAAGAAGAUUGUCAAGAAAGACAGAAAAGUAAUAAGAUGUUAGGUAGAAUUUGACUGUGAGAUCAAGCCUCACAAGCCUUUGUACUUCCCGGACUUCGACCACAAGAAGGAAUUCGAGUUACCUCUUAUCACCAGAAAAGACUUGCUUGAUAUAAACAAAAGCAUCAAGCUGGGAGUUGAUUUUAUCUCAGUGUCCUAUGUAGAAGGCAAGCAAGACAUCUUGGAGGUGAGGGAACUCCUGAGUAUCAAGGGUCGCCACAUCAAGAUUCUGGCGAAGAUCCAGAACCGCAAGGCGAUGGAGAACUUUGCUGAAAUCCUCGAAGCCGCAGAUGGCAUCAUUAUUGCCAGAGGUUACUUAGGAUUAGACUUGAGCAUUGAAGAUGUGGCAUUCGUGCAGCAAUAUCUAAUUAAUCAGUGUAAUCAAGCCGGCAAGCCAGUCAUUCUUUCGACUCAGAUCAUGGAGAGCAUGGUCACCAGACUGAGACCCACCAGAGCUGAGGUAUCAGACAUAUCAAAUGCUGUUUAUCAUGGUGUUGACUGUUGCUUACUUUCAUCUGAAACUCAAACUGGACAGUUCUAUAAAGAAGCCUGCGAAACAAUGUCAAAGAUAUGUUAUGAAGCAGAACGUCACAUUGACUAUGAAAGCAACUACAAUGAACUUCAAAGGUAAUAACUCUAACUUUUAAUUAAAUAUCUUAAUAGGAGAAUAUUUGAAGAGAAAAUUCAACUUUCAAUCAGCGAGGCUAUCAGCAACUGCGCAGUAAAGGCUGCAUAUGAAAUCAAAGCCAAACUCAUCAUAGUCUUUACUAAUUCAGGUUAAUCAGCUAUCACUGUAGCUAAGUACAGACCUUCUUGUCCGAUCCUUGCAGUCUCAGCCAGUGACUAGUCUGCCAAGCAAUGUAUCAUCUCUAAGGGCAUCUUCUCAUUGCUAGUGGGCUCACUUAUCGGUGCUGAGAGUCUAUUGGACAAAAUCAAGAAAGAGGCAAUGAAGCGUGGACUGAUUAAAAAAGGAGACCAUGUCGUUGUAACAACUGGAAUUAAUGAGGGUCUAGAGGGUAGUACCAAUCUCCUCAAAAUCUUGCAAGUAUGA